AUGUCAACAUUAGUUUAUCAAAGUCUUGUGUCAUGUUAUGAGUCUCAACUGACAGAGACAGCAAUCCUAAAGAUGAAAGUGGCGCAUGCCUCGACUAUGUUAGACUUAGGAAGGGGCUCCUGCAUUGUAGGAAGUGAACAAAACACGAGAGAAAAUCUUGAAAUAGGCGGUUGGAAUUUCCUUCAGAGCCUUUCCAAGAUUUCAACAUGUCCAAAAGAAGCAAUGGAGAAGGAAAACUUAUAUGUUCAAAGAAAAUCUUCAUUUCAAAAACUAACUGGAAAUAGCCUGGAUCUUUGUACUGAAAAUUUGGGAAGUGAAACAGGUACUGAAUGUGUCACAGACAGCACCAGCAUUUUCUCAUCAGACACAUUCAAUUUGCAGUGUGAAAAUUCGUCGCCAAUGGAUCAGCAACAACAAAGGGAGCAUCAACAAAUGAAAUCUUCAAGAAAUGAUAAGAUGAAGACAAAAUCUCACAGUUUUCCACCGCCCUUGACGACGAUGACUGGGUCGAGUUCCCUCCGAAUACAGCCUCACCGUGAAGACGGAAGGCUUAUAAUCAAGGCGGUCGAGACCCCCUUUAGGCGUUCUUAUCUACAAGCUGAACGAAGCCACGGCCGCCUCAGGCUGUCAUUUUUCCAAGAUUAUGACUCAAACUUUGAAUCUGAUCUCAUAAUGACCACCAAAGAAGAUACUGAAGGUGACAGCCAAUUAGAUGAUGAAACUGAAACCGACUCAAAAGAUGAAGAUAAUGAACUAGAAAAUGAAGAUAUUGAAUCAGAACAAGAAGAUGAAGAGGAAGAAUGUGAUAUCAAAAUGAGCCAGGAAACGGAUGUUGAAACGGAAAUGGAGAAAUGUCAAAGGCUUAGCAGGUGCAUUGAAGGUGGACAUGACAAGGGAAUUAGAAAAUUGAGAUACAAAAUGGUUGCAGUCUGCAUCUUGAAAUCUUCUGUUCUGAAUAAAAGACAUUGUUUACCCACACACCUUCCUGUCAAUUUUCUCUACAUUAUUCUGGGAACGGCACUUAAUUGUGCAUUCUAA